GACGCAACGGCUGAGGCGGCGGCGGCGGCAGCGGCGGCGGCGCCGUGGGCUGCAGCGCUCGCGCGGGCGGCGGCACCUGGGGCUCGCGGGCGCGGGAGCCCACGCGGGCGGGCGGGCGCCGGAAACAAAGGGAAGCGGGAGUCCGGGCGCCGCGGGCGGGCGGUCAGUCGGUCAGCGGGGGAGCCCUCGGCCAGCGGGUGCUCGCGCUAGCCCCGAGCCCGGGCCGGCCGGCGCGGCCUGAGGGCGGGAAGAUGCCGCGCGUCGUGCCCGACCAGCGGAGCAAGUUCGAGAACGAGGAGUUCUUCAGGAAGCUGAGCCGCGAGUGCGAGAUUAAGUACACGGGCUUCAGGGACCGGCCGCACGAGGAGCGCCAGACGCGCUUCCAGAACGCCUGUCGCGACGGCCGCUCGGAGAUCGCUUUUGUGGCCACAGGAACCAAUCUGUCUCUCCAGUUUUUUCCGGCCAGCUGGCAGGGAGAACAGCGACAAACACCUAGCCGGGAAUAUGUCGACUUAGAAAGAGAAGUAGGCAAGGUAUAUUUGAAGGCUCCCAUGAUUCUGAAUGGAGUUUGUGUUAUCUGGAAAGGCUGGAUUGAUCUCCAGAGACUGGAUGGUAUGGGUUGCCUGGAGUUUGAUGAAGAGCGAGCCCAGCAGGAGGAUGCAUUAGCACAACAAGCCUUUGAUGAGGCUCGGAGAAGGACACGUGAAUUUGAAGACAGAGACAGGUCUCAUCGUGAGGAAAUGGAGGUGAGAGUUUCACAGCUGCUGGCAGUAACUGGCAAGAAGACAACAAGACCCUAGUCCUGGUUCCAAUUUAGGCGGUGGUGAUGACCUUAAACUUCGCUGAUUCUCACAGUACAUGUGUGCACUCCAACCCCCCCUUCCAUCUUUAUAUUGUUAAAUAUACAUUGUUUAUAGUUGGCAGAAAUUGAUCAAAAAGACCAGAAACUGUGAUAACUGGAGGUACUUCGAUCUAAUUCUCAACCUUGGGCAAAUACAGGACAUCACAAACUGCCAUGGUUUUGCACUAAAAUUAUAAUACUUGCAUUCUAAUUUUUAUAUGCAUGUAGCCAGUAAUGGAAAUUUUUUUCUAUGCAAGCUUAUCUUAAUGGCAUUAUUUUAGUGAAAAUCAUCCACUUAAAAGCUCUUUUUCACUCCAUUUUUAUUUAAAAGUUAAUGUCUUUUAAAGACGAAAAAUGAAAAUUUUUUAUCAGGAUUUUUGCUAAUCAGUUGCUCCCUUGUUUUGUAAUCUUAAGGAUUUUUUUUUGUGUUUUCUGUUUUUUAUAGCUUCAUUUAGUUAGGCAUUCUUGGAUUUUAAUUUUGUUUUCUCCAUUCCCUUUUGUGUUUUAUAAUCUGGCAUUUUUAAACUGCUGAGUUUGCAUUAUUUACAAGUUUAAAAACCUAGUAGCAUAGAGCUGUCUGCCACAGCCUUCUUAUACAAAGUUUACAGUUGUUAAAGUUGCAGUAUCCUUUUAAAUGUUGAUAAUCAGCUCCUUUUCUUACCAUUACAGAAUUUUAAUUGGUAUUCUAAUAAAAAUCUGCCCCAGAUCUGCUUUAGAUUAUGUUCUGUAAUCAUGAGUUUGUAUGAAGUGAUUCUCCAAAGAUAAAAAUAUUCUACUGAAAUGCCUAAAGAAGUCACAAGCUGGCUUCUGUUUUAUUCAGGGAUUUUUUUUUUUAAGUCAGUCAGAAAAAGGGAUACUGGAACUUCUCGUAUGUAACAGCAUAUUAAACUGGAGACAGUGAUUAAAUCAGCUACAAAGUUAAUAUUAAAAUCAUGUUUAAGAUAGCUGCUUUUAUGUGUAUUUUAUAAUGCUUGCUUUUGUAAAAACAGUGCUGGAUGAUGAAAGAUUAAUCUUAGAGAAAAUGUUCAUCUCUACAGAGGAUACAUUUUCUUUCAUUAAUUCUGGAAAAAAUUUCACAGUUAUAUAUGUUAUUUUCCAAAAAGACUAUUAAUAGAACCUUUUGAGAUGAAUUAGUAUAAGAAUAUUUUUUAAAUAGGCUCACUGUCAAAUUUAAUGCAACUUCUUUUUAGAUAGAAGACUGGAAAAAAGUGCUAAGACACUUUGCACCUCCUUACAAAUAUUUUUCAUGGCCACAUUCAUAAAAUGUUAAUGCAUUUGUGAAUUUUUGCAAAAAUGUAUUUUAUCAUAAUAAAAUGGUAUUAUUUUAAAGAGUUUAAAAAACUGAUAUGGUCAAUCAGAAAAUGAAUUCUAUAAGGUCAUUGCAUAAAACAUCUAGAUAUAGAUAUAUACACUUGAGGGAGGUUGACUUUCACUGUACAUAGCUCUUAUUCAUAAAUACAUCCUGUAUCUCAAAUAUGUUAUAUAUUUGAAGUCAUGCAUGGUAAAGAGUGUGUUAAAAUUGUUAUAAAACAACAAUGCAUCUUAAAAGACCAUGCUGAUCUCCAAUAAGUCAGUACUAUGAAUGAAUCUGGUUGGUAUUUGGUGUUGUGCAGCUCACAUGUUUACACACUCAGUGCCCUAAUUUCCCCUGAGGGAAUCGCCUUUUAAGUGGUCCUUACAGUGGUGUUUUAAGGUUACUUUAUUAUAGAGCUCCUUGGUUUUUACUUCUGCACUUAAAUUUUUUUUUUAAGUAAAUGAUAAUGAUGAUGCAUUUUCCUCUAUUGUUUCUAGUUAAGGGCUUUCAGUCUACCAGUAACUAAGAUCAAAUGUUAUUAAAUGUUCAUGUUCCAUCCUGUAAAUACUGAUCUUUUCCUGUUGUUUAGUACUUGCUGCUUUUGUCUGUCUUAAUGCUGGCAUUAAGAUCAUAUAGUGCAGGCUUUGAAAAAUGACUUUUAUUAAGUUAUUGAUGCAAUUUGAUAUAUUUCCAUAAUCUAUAUUUAAACAAAAUUACAUCAUUGCAUCAUUUUUUUUCUAAAUUCUUCUCCAUUAAAAAUUGCCUUAAGCUACUAGAUUGCUUUGCCACCAUUAGCCAUAUGUUUAAUUUGCCUUCACAAUAAACUUCUAUGUAG